GUUAAAUGGUGUUGCGCGAUGUUUCGUUACGAGUUCCAUAUCCCGCAGUAUUGAUGAUUUCCAUUUUAGGAAAUCUUGUCCGUUUCAUUGUAGCAUGAUCAGGAAACAGCCGAGCAAAUUGGGCUUCGUGCAAACCCUCAAGAAAAGUGCUAAGGCUUUCCUUAUCUUCGAGGGAGUACUGUUGCUGGGAUCGUACGGAUUUUGGCGUUGCCUGAACACUUCGCAAGAUUUCAGAUAUUACAUGCAUCAACAUUUUCCUAUAAUAUUGGAGGGUUACUACACUGUUGGGGAACAGUUGUCUGGCAGUGAUCAUUUGAGGACAUUUGAUUACAAGACCUGGAUAGGGAAGCGCAAUGAGCAUUAAAUCUUCAUGGCGUUGAAAUUUAUCGGGAUUGCCGUAGCAGCGGUAGUUAUUGGCAGUGGAAUAGGAAACGCUUUAUUGUGCUUUGUUAAGACCGACGAAAAAGAUCUCAUAAAGCAUUUUCCUCCGUAUUCAUCAGAAAAACAUAACUUUUUUGUUCCACAAUAUAAGGAAAAAAGUGAGAGAUUGAUGAACCAAGAAAAGUCAAACACGUUGAAGACAUUUGAAAUUCAAAACAGUGUAAUCCAUACUGAGAAAUAGCAUUAACUAAAAUGGACCCCACAGAAUUUAUAGAGGAAAGUUUGCCAGAUCGUAUCACAAAGAGGGAUCGAGAGCGAAAAAAUGUUAUCGAAAGGCGAAGAGAAGAACGUCAAUCGCUCGCCGUGGAAUCCGAGCAAAGCAGUUACUUUAAAGAUACAUUUUACUCCUCUUGCAAAAAGAUCAAGGAUAUGCUAGACGAUGCAUCCAGCACGCCAUCCUCAGCAUUGCCGGGAAUCUUCGAGAAGUCAAACAAGGAGAUUCAAUUGCUUAAGAACUAUUUAUCACAAUCUAAAAUGUUUCUAAAGGUUUACGACAUAAGACGCGCACAAGAAAAUUUGCAAUCGUUAGAGAAUCAAGCUUCCGAGUUGGAGAUGAAGCUUUUGCCUAAAAAGAAGUUUGGCUUUAAGAAUCGUAGAAUCGUGAAAAAGCCUUCCGAUAAGGGGCUCGACAUCACAGACGGCUUGAAAGAUCUCAAGAUAUCUGAGAGCAUUGUGAAUGGCUCGACUAAGCAGAACAAUAAAUUGUCGAGCAAGUACGGAGAUAGUGCUUGUAUGCUUCUGGGCAAGGUAAAUGAACGUAUAGUGUUGGACGCCGAGAAUGUAAAUAAGAAUGACAUUCUACUUUCUGAUCUGGUUCGCUGUACUGUAAGGAUAUAUGGUACGCCGAGCACCCUGCAUAUGGUGAACCUGAAGCAAUGCACUAUAUUAGUUGGACCGGUGACAUCCUCUGUUUACGUGCACGACUGCAGUGAUUGUGUAUUUGCUUUUGCAUGUCAGCAGCUGCGAUUACAUUCAUCGACGGACUGUACCAUUUAUUUACAUGUCACAAGUAGGGCGAUCAUAGAGGAUUGUACGAAGAUACAUGUAGCACCUUACAACUGGUCUUACGAAGAUCAGACGAGUCACUUUAAUUUAGCCGGCCUUGAUCCAAAGAUUAACAAUUGGAACUGCAUUGAUGACUUCAAUUGGCUAUCUAGUGAAAAACAUUCACCGAAUUGGUCGAUUCUCGAACCGGAGCUUCGGGUGAAAACGUGGGAUUAAAAUAAAUACUUGUAAAAUAAAGAGGAAAAGAGCAAUUAAAAC